CCCAUGCUGUAAUCUUGAUGUCCCCACUUUAAGUGAGCCUAAACCAUUCUGAGUGAAAGGUGGUCAUAUAAGUGAGCGUCAAGCUGGUGAGAGGAAAAAAACUAGGAGCGAAGGAGGAGGGCGGAGACACUCCACCCGUCAGAGUGGAGGCUGAUUUUGUUCAUUCCUUGGUUCGGCGAAGGGGCGAGGAGUCAGCAUCUGCAACUUCUGCCUCCGAGAGGGGAAAAAAAAAGCAUCUGUUGAGGAGAGAGGAGUUGGACGACCACAUAAUAAGGGAGCUGUCAUCCGAAUAAAGGAAGUUGAUUUGCAAAUAAAAAAGCAAACAAACAAAGCACAAGGACGAAAGGGAGGAGGACAAAGAGCGAACCAAAGGAGCAGAGAGAGGAGAGGUGACCUGGCCGAAGCGACAUGUUUGGCAUGAUCAAGAAUUCGCUCUUCGGGAACACCGAGGAGACGGAAUAUAAAUUGCUGAGCAGUGAGACGAAGGAUGGAGUUAGCUUUGAUGUGCGGCGGUAUGACGGUGCCAAGUACGCUGUGGUCUCCUCCGAGGGACGAACCUUCGACCAAGUGACAGGCGAACUGGUGAGGAAGCUGCUCAUGUACAUCGGCGGGAGCAAUGAACAAGGUGAGGCCAUGGGCACAGCAGCUCCCAUCAUCAUCACAGUGUACCCGCGGAAUGAUGGUGUUCUGUCUCGCCGUUUGAUGGUCGCCAUCCGCAUCCCCUCCAACUACCAGCAAAGCCCCCCGACUCCCACCGACAGUGCCGUGAAGAUUGAGGAUCGGCCUGGCAUGACUGUCUACGCUCUGCAGUUUGGAGGCUUCGCAGGGGAGAGUGAGUACAGAGCAGAGGCCUUGCGUCUGACGCGCACUCUGGGUGAGACGGCGCCCUUUCAGCGCAAGCAGUACUUCUGCUGUAGCUACGACCCACCACUCAAGCCUUACGGACGCCGCAACGAGGUGUGGUUUCUACAGGAGGAGCCAUAGGAGCCAUUCGAUCAGAUCUGAGUCAAAUCUCAUGCUGAAUUCUUUACCCGACCUUAUUUACCCUUCCACUAUACUGACAAACCCUGUAGCUCUAACGGUAUUUGAUUGGUGAGAGCAAUAUGGUGACUGAUAGACCUUUGAACCCAAAAUGGACGGAUAAAGAUUACCCAUGUUGCCUUUACCCAUCUGAUCUUCUGCUUGUCACACAUACUGUAGCUACACUGAAGUUAGGUGUUCAAGCAAUGGGAUGACUUAAAAUUCAACAUCAGUGCAGUUAGCGUUUUCUCAUUUCACCAUCACAGUUUCUUUAUUUUGGUUUCUACUUUAAACUCAGCCAUUGUAGCUCUGAGUGAUUUAAGGCUUCCAGACAGAUGUAGUGUUAAGAAGGAAAAGUAUUUCUCGGAGACCCAUGCAAUACAUUUCACACUGAAUUUUCAUCUGAAACAUUUGCGUCAAUGGAACAGUAUGUAGCACUGACAGUGUUGUUCUCUAAGCCUGGGGAAAAUAGAUAACCAUUAAACAAGUAACUGUGGAUAAUCUAAUAUGAAUCUGUACUUAGAUCCAACUGAGCAGAUUUUUUUCAUUCCUUUAAUAACUACGUGUUUGUCCUAAAGGGUCGUCCCUGUAGAGCUCUCAUCUGCCAGAAGAACACGCAGUAGGGUCUUGCACAUCUUUAAUCUAGUUUACAAUUUAGUGAUGGCUGCAGAGAAAUGUACAGAGAUAACAUUAGAUACAUGGUAGUAAAAAGCACACUUCCUUUUCCUGAGUAAGGAACUGGAGAGAAACAGGAGUUGAGCCAUAAAGUAGAACUAGUCUUUAUGAAUUCAUGGGUGGACAGCUGUGAGUGGAAGUUAGCUAGCUAGCUGUAGGUGUUGUUCUGAACUUUGUGGUUCUGUGUUGAUCCAUUUGCGUGUAGUGAAUAUUGUGUGUUUUAGUGCAUGACAAUGCCAUCUUUAUUCAUUUAGACUCUUUAAACUGUGUUAUGAGAAACAUCUGUACAGUGUGACUUUCUGUGAUAAGGGUAAAUAUAAUGUUCAGGUUUGAUAGUGUUUCAUAACAUAAUAAAUAUAUCAUUCAGUAA